AUUGCCGUCAUCAUCGCACCAAGGAGAGACAAGACCAGACGGGAUGUUGCUGGCGACACCCACGGCCCCCCUUCACGAGCUCGGUGCUUGGCUGCAUCAAGCGCGCAGUGACCUCGACGCUGCACUCAACGUCGUUCUACCACAGCCUUCUCCGGAUGAGGUGCCGCUCGACAUAGCCGCCGUAUCGGCGGCGGCGCAGUCCAUCGAGGAGUGCACGGCCGUGUUGUCGAAAGCCCUGCGGUUUCUGCACAAUCUGCUCGACACUGCAGACUCCAAGUCCUCGGAUGGUGAUGCGCUCGCAGAGAACGAAUCGUCGUUGUCCACGGGCAUCUACGCCGAGCCCCCCCACGGCAGCCCGGACGAUUCCGAGGAGUACAUAACAGAAGGCGACGACGACGGCGACGGUGACGACGAUGACGAAGACGAUGGUGACGAUGGUGACGAGAUGGACGAUGACGAGAUCGAUCUACCCGAAAUCGACCCCGUUUACGGGGACGACGCGGCCGAGCUCAACGGCGUUGUCAUCGCGCGCAUCCAAGCCGCUCUAGGGGACGACGCGAGCUUCGACGCUUUCAAGGACCAAGCGAUGGAGUUUGGGACGGGAAAACAGCCGGCCGAAUCGUUUUACACGUAUCUGGAGACCCACAUGACGGACUCCAUGAUCGCCGAGUUCAUUCUGGACUUUGCCAGGCUGCUGGCAAACGUGGACCAGCGGACGACACUGCUCGCGGCGCAUUGCCGAGCCGUCCGACGCAAAGCCAAAGAUGCCGCCGCCGCCGCCACCGCAGCAUCAUCAUCCAAGCCGCCGUCUCCUCCGCCGCCCCUACGUCGAAACCUGUCGAUGGCGAGUUCCAUUAACGACGACACGAGCCCGCGCGACGACGAUUCGUUCGAGUACCCGUCCGAGCUGCAUCUGGACACGGUGAACCACUUGAUGUUUGUGAUCCACGGAAUUGGGUGUCACGGCGACUUCAAGGAAGGCGACGAAGAGGACGUGGGAGCGUCGACGGCGGGAUCGAAUCGCGCGUUUCGCGAGCUGUUCCGGACGAUGCUGGACACCCAUUUUAAGGAAGUUCCCGUGGCGCUGGAGAUUCAGUCGAUCGAAUGGCACGAAGAGUUGCAUGAACCCACGGGCGUGGACGCCGUCUUUGACAUCAUUUGCCCGGAAGGAUCUCAAGGCAUUCGCCAGUUCAACAAGGACACGUUUAUGGACAUUUUGUACUAUUUGUCGCCCGGCUACGGCCAAAUCGUCGUGAAUUCCGUCACGGACCAGCUCAACUCCAAGUACAAAGUGUUUAUGGACGAACAUCCAGGCUGGAAUGGACAGAUUUCGAUUUUUGCGCAUUCACUUGGCACAGUGAUUACGUACGACAUCCUCACGCAUCCAGCCCACAGCGUGGCCAAGAACGGGGUCAAGUUUUCCGGGCUUGACUUUUCCAUCGAGAACUUUUUUGCCGCGGGGUCGCCUGUUCCAGUGAUGAUUCUGUCGCGGGGGGGGCUGGACCUAAAGGACGGCAAGUUUACACCGGGGAUCACCAUGCCCAGCUGCAACCACUACUUCAACAUCUUCCACCCCAUCGACCCCAUCGCGUACCGCGUGGAGCCGCUGAUUCACCCAGACAUGCACGACAAGCCCCCCGUGCCCUUGAUUCAGGCCCAACAGUGCAAACACAUGCCGUUUUCGAAAAUGCAAGAAAUGUGGGAGCGCAUCACGGCGCCAGUGCCUGGCUUUACGUUGCCCCGCAUCGACUAUGUCAUGCGCCGCCGAGGGCGCGAAGGGGUGAUUGAGAUGGCAUACGCGGCGGCGUCGCACUCAGCCUGCUGGGACUCGGACGACGUGGUCAUGUUCACGCUCAUGCAAAUCUGUCGACCGGUCGUGGACAAGCUACGACGGUACAUGAGUGCACAGCGCCCGCUGCCGUCGUUGUACCCCCGGGGGCUGGUUCCCAUCACGCCGCACUCCAAGAUCCGCAUUGCCACGACUGUCCUGGCGCGGGAUCGGGCGACGGGCGCAUGGGGCACGCGUACGGCCGUGAUGGACCACAAGCGCAUCUACUUUGCAUCGAAUGCGGACGACAUUGGGUGCCGCAAGAAGUGGUCGAUUCCUCUCUCGGCCAAGCUUGGCGUGCAGCUGGGUGACGAUGCGUUCACGCUCAAAGUCACACCGGACGAGGCGACUCCGGGGCUGGCUGGAGGCAGCGGACGGAGCCUCCGGUUCGGCAUCGGGGGUAGCGCCCCCCACACCCCGUCGUCGACCACUUCGGCAGCAGCGGCGGCAACAUGCACUCAGAUCCUUCGCGCGUCCACGACCGAGUUGCGCAACGAAUGGCUUGAAGCGCUUACCCAUGCGAUCCACCUCUUGACCCUGCCGCAGCCGCCUCCAAUCCCCGCUGGAACGUCGUCGUCGUCGUCGUCCAUUUGUACCGUGGGGCUGGACUUGCCGUCGGGGGCGUGCGUGGAUUACUUUGGGGCGGUCAAGACGAGUCUGCUGCAGUUCAAAACGCUCAAGGCCAAGAGCUGGUACGAAAGCCAGGGGUGGACCAGUCGGUGGUUUGUCUUGACCAAGACGUCGCUGGAUUGCUACGACACGUGUCCGAAUCUGGUGGGGCUGGCGCAGUUUCCCGUGCACAAGUCGACUGUGUUGGCGUACCCCAAGCGCUGCCUGCUUCGCAUUGUAACCAAGACGGGCACGACGCUGGAUUUCAAGGUCAAGGACUCGCGGACGUUUGAUGUGUGGACGCACGGCCUCGAAGCCGUCGAUCGAUGCCACGUCCGGCUGCAUGAAGACGUGGUCGACCACAGCGCACUGGGCGUAUCGCUCGAUUCGCAGCUGCCAUCCGUGCAUCGGUUGAGCGUGGACAAGUAUUUUGUCUUGAACGACGACAAAGGACCGUACGCGGCUUUUCAGAUCCGCAUCAUCCACACGGGCGGCCAAACUAUCCUCCGGCGCUUUAGCGCAUUCCGCGAGGUGAACCGCCAGCUGCGCCUGAUCUUUCCCCACGAGCAAAUGCCGCCACUGCCGUCCACACGCCUGUGGGGCAAGUUCGAUCCAGCCUACCUCGCCGCCAAGAGCACCCACCUGAACACGUACUUAGGCAAAGUGGAAGCCAUGUGCACCAACAACCCGGCGGCCAACACCAUCCUCCAGCAGUUUCUCAAUGUCGACACGGCCUCCCCUAGCUAUGGCGACGAAUAAAAAUAGGGACUAGAGGGUGCAGGGUGGCGUGCCGGGGGUACUUGAAAGAACUUAGUACAGAUUGGUUGAGAUCGUUAGUUCAUUGUGGACAUCACCAGAAAGCAUGGAAGCUAAAACAUAGAGACACCAUUAGCCAUACUCUAA